AUGACACGUAAAGCGCUUCAACCAUACCAGGAAACAGUAGUCAGAAGACAGACCAGUCCAGGGCUCAUAGUCUUAUGUGCGCUGGUCCUCUUCCUGAUCAGCAGCCAGCUGGUUCUGCUAUCCAAAUGCGCCGCCGGUGCCGUCAAAAACUGCGGUUCAGAUAGCCCAUCACCAGUUCCAGACGCGGAGAAACCGGUCCUCAGGGUCGUCACCCCGUCAUCAUGGUACAUCGACACCGGCUUCCGUCAGAACCGCUGCGUCGGCUCGAAAUCCCCCUUUACCGAGCCUCGUGCCAACCUCUCAGACCCAAACACGCUCCGAGCACGCAUCGGAGACAAAUUCAAAACCCCAGGCAGGGAGGAAAUCACAUUUGACAAGCACUACACCGUGUCACUCAAGCUUUCGGAGGGCGACGUCCAGAACCAUCUCGACACGGUGUGCACUCUCCUCAAGAUUCCUGGUGCUCGCGGCUUCCAAGACCAACGAAAGCGAAUCGCAACCAUGUAUCUCGCAUUCUUCCAAACUCUCCUGGCAAUGUUCCAGUUCCUCGUCAACAUCGGCAUGAUGGGCUGCUCCGCCGGUCCCGACUCGUCACUUCAUAUCUUCUGCCCAUUCGAUUUUCAGAGCUCCAACACCCACGAAGCUCCCUCUCCAGUCUCCUCGACCCCCGAACCGCAGCCCGUCGCCGACGAGGACUCAUGCGAAUGCUCGAUGCCGCCACAUUACGUCCCGCCGGGAACGAACGAGGCGAUGUGGAACACUCGCGGCGUAUCCCUGCAGGCAAAAGGCAAGCUUUUCAUUGAGGCAGGACGGCAAGCGUACCACCGGUAUUGGGUCAUCCGUCUCCACGAAGGUGCUUCGGAGGCACAGGUUCGGUCGCACAUGAACCGAGUUUCCAGGUUGGUCGGUGGCGGGUGCGGCAAGGGAUAUAUCAAAGAGGCGCCCAGGGUCGACGGGGAGUGCGGUUCGUGCGGGCUUCACUACGUCGCUGCCCUCGACGACAAGACUCGGGAUUACGUUGCGAAAAUGGGUAUUGUGUACAGGAUUCACCCCCUGUAUAAACGGUCUUGA